AUGGCGAGCCAGAGUGGGGACGAUACUCCAGUUGCCUUUUCAUGGCGCGACCCUCAUGUCACCUUCGUCAUAAUCCUAGUCGGCCCUGACGAGCAACCAUUCGCAAUCCAGCAAGAUUUCCUCUGCGCAAAGUCAUCCUACUUUCGCGAAUAUUUUGCUCAGCAAGGCGACUCCCAGCUCGAGACUCUCACUAAGUAUCCAGAUACUACCACUCAAGCCUUUGGCCUUGCACAACACUUCAUGUUCACCGGCGAGAUUCUUUUACAGCAAGAGACUCUCCCGGGAUAUGAUGUUCUUAUUGACGCAUGGAAGCUGGGCAACGAGCUACGCAUCAAUGGCAUGUGCGAAAAGGUGCUCGACGCCAUGAAGGAACUUCGACUCGUCACCAACCACAUCCCGGCCCCAGCUGUUCUGGCCGCCGUCUGGAAGGAAACCCCUGAAGGUUCGAGUAUCCGGGAUCUCUUCUUGACCUGGACGGCUGAGUACAUACGCUCUUCGGAAUCUCGUAGUGAAUUCAGCAAGUCUCUUCCGCAAGAAGUUCUCAGCGAACUAGUUGUGGCAAUGAGUCGCCUUGACUCGACUCCCUUCAUCCAAGUCAACCCGGAUAAAACGCCUGAUGGGCUUACCCAGAGAAAGAAUGUUCACUACCUCGAGGCCGAGGAAAGUGAGGGCGAGUCGAGAGAGAAGGCACCCAAGCAUCGUCACUCUGACGUUUUGCCCGGAAGACCUGGCCGAAAGCCUGGCCCCCGUUCUUCUCUGCCUAGCAACAAGAUUGUUAAGGGUCGCAGGGCUAGCAGCAAUGUCGCUGGCGACAAACAAUUCACAACCGAGCAGAAGCUUGAAUUUUGCUCCGAUCUUCUCAGCCGCAUGCUUAGCGGUCCCGGUUUCUGGACGCGUCUGGUAGGGCCAUUCCGUGAGCCGGUCAAGCCCGGCGAGGAUCUUGUGCCCGACUAUUUUGAUAAGGUCAAGAGACCAAUGGAUCUCGGCACCAUCAAGGAAAAGAUGGACCGCAAGGAGUACACUGACGAAAACGAGUUCUGCGCCGACGUACGACAGAUCUUCCAAAACUGCUACACCUAUUGGGACGAAACGGCCCCUAUGGUUGCUACGUGCAAGAAGUUCGAGAAGACCUUUGAGGAGAAGUACAGCGGCAUGAGCAAGUUCUUGUCCAAGCUGGGUAGCGAGGAGGCAGCUUAG